AUGGCAGAAGGUCAUCGAUUUCUUAUUUUUAGUUUUAUUGCUAUUGCAUUUUUUCUUAUAAUAUCAAGAUGCAAUUCAUAUCCAGUCUUUAAUGAAUUAGCAAUUCCACCACGUUCUACAAAAGUUUUCCCACAAAACGAUGUUAAUCGUUAUAUGAAACAAUAUUAUGAAACAAUGGCACAUUUAAGAUAUUGGCGUCGAGAUAUUAAUGAAUCGGAUGAAGAUGAUGAUGAAAAUUUACACGCUAUGCUUCGACAAUAUAAAAAUUUAAACUCUAAACGUUAA